UCUGUCCGGCUCUGGUCUCCUGACUCGGUCGUGGGAAGAUGCCGCCCCGCUGCCUCCUGGGUCUGCUGGGACUCCUGGUCCUCUGCACAGGCCAGGAGGAGCGCCGGACGCAAGAGUCCUGCGACAACUUCACGGACCUGGACCUGUCGCACUGCCUGAUGGGAACCAGCCUGUACGUGCGGCUGCUGCUCUACACCCGCGACAACAUCGACUGCGGCCGCGAGCUGCAGCACCAGCGGCUGUCGGAGCAGCCGCUGCUGGACCUGCGGCGGCCCACCGCCUUCGUCAUCCACGGCUACCGGCCCACCGGGGCGCCGCCCAUCUGGAUCGACCACAUCGUGCAGCUGCUGGCCGAGCAGCAGGACCUCAACGUCAUCGUGGUGGACUGGAACCGCGGCGCCGCCAACUUCAACUACUUCACCGCCGUCACCUACACCAGGGAGGCGGCGCAGAACCUGACGGGCUUCCUGCUCACCAUGCAGGAGGAGGGAGCCUCCCUGAGCUCGGUGCACCUCAUCGGGGUCAGUCUGGGAGCUCACCUGGCCGGGUUCGUGGGGGCCCGGCUGAAGGGGAGGAUCGGCCGCAUCACAGGUCUGGACCCGGCCGGGCCGAUGUUCACCAGCGCUACGCCGGAGGAGAGGCUGGAUCCGUCUGACGCCAUGUUCGUGGACGUCCUUCACACCGACAUGGACUCGUUCGGGCUGAGAGGAGCCCACGGCCACGUCGACUUCUACGCCAACGGCGGCGCCGACCAGCCCGGAUGUCCAAAGACCAUAUUCGCAGGUAAAUCCUACUUCGUGUGCGACCACCAGCGCUCCGUGUUCCUGUACCUGUGCGCGCUGAACCGGACCUGCACCCUGACGGGCUACCCCUGCCCGUCCUACAGCCACUUCCUGGACGGACGCUGCCUGCAGUGCGAGGCCUUCAAGCCGGCGUCCUGCCCCGUGCUGGGGUACGACCUGGGCCCGUGGAGAGACGCUCUCCUGCGACUGGGACAAACCAAAGUGUUCUUCAGCACCACGGCGACGCCGCCCUACAAGAAGCUGAGCUACCGCGUGGACAUGGCCACCUGGAACCAGUACCUGCGCUGGGGCGUGGUCUACAUCCGGCUGCACAGCGGCAGGAACUCCACCGAGGCCCGCGUGGACCAGAAGCUGCUCCGGUUCGAGCAGUACACCUCCACCCGCCUGCUGGCCCAGUUCGACGAGGACCUGCAGAACAUCCAGAAGAUCUCCCUCCGGAUCGGCACCGGCAACAUCAUCGGGCCGCGCUACAAGAUCCGGCUGCUGAGGAUCCGCUUCACGCCGCUGGACGACCCCGGGAGGCCUCUGUUGUGCCGCUUCGACAUCAUCAUGGAGGAGAACAUGGAGGUUUCCUUCCGGCCUCUGCCCUGCAACUCCCGCGACUAACUCGGACCGGACUCUACACUGAACCUGAGAUCCAGCCGGGCCCUGAGAUCCAGCCGGGCCCUGAGAUCCAGCCGGGCCCUGAGAUCCAGCCGGGCCCUGGCCUCCAGGGGGACCAGAACCAGGAGCCUGAUG